UUUUUUUUUUCUUUCUCUCUCUUUUUUCAUAUAACUUGUAAGAUAUGUCCGCUGUUACUUUCAGACGCCAAGUUUUGAGAGGCAUUGCUUCUACCACUCGCGCUACUGCUGCCAGAGCAGCUCCUAUCCUUGCAAAGCACGUUUCUGCUCGUGCUUUCUCUGCCACUUCUGCACCCAAGUUUAUUGCCCUCCGCUCAUUAGCUAACCAAGUUAUCAACAAAGAUGCUCGUUUCUAUUCUUCUUAUCCCGCUCACAGUGUCAUUAACAUGCCUGCCUUGUCUCCUACUAUGACUGCUGGUGCCAUUGGUGCUUGGCAAAAGAAAGUAGGUGAUGAAAUUCAACCCGGUGAUGUUUUGGUAGAAAUCGAAACAGAUAAGGCCCAAAUGGAUUUCGAGUGUCAAGAAGAAGGUUACCUCGCCAAGGUCUUGAUCGAGACUGGUACCAAGGAUGUCAAUGUCGGACAGCCCAUCGCUAUCUUUGUUGAAGACAAGGAUGACGUUGCUGCCUUUGAGAACUUCUCUCUUUCCGACGUUUCUAGCUCAGCUCCUCAAGCUGAAGCUGCCCCCAAGGAAGAAAAGAAGGAAGAAAAGGCUGCUCCCAAGGCUGAACCCAAGAAGGCCGAAAGCGAGGCUGUUUCUAGCCAUGGAGGUCGUGUUCUUGCUAGCCCUCUCGCUAGAAAACUUGCUGAUGAACGCGGUAUUGACAUCUCUCAAGUCAAGGGUUCUGGCCCCAACGGUAUUGUCUCCAAGGAGGAUGUCGAACAAUUCAAGGCUCCUCAACAACAAAAGGCCGCACCCGCCGCAGCUGCUCCACCUGCUGCCUACGCUCCUCAAUCCGCUACCGGCGAUGCUUUCACUGACAUUCCUACUACCAGCAUGAGAAAGAUCAUUGCCACUCGUUUGGCCGAAUCCAAACAACAAGUUCCUCACUACUAUCUCACAACUGAAAUCAACAUGGAGAAGAUCAACAAGUUGCGUGAAGUUCUCAACAAGGCUUCUGAUGGCAAGUACAAGCUUUCCGUCAACGAUUUUGUCAUCAAGGCUUCUGCCCUUGCUCUUAAGAAGGUUCCUGAAGUCAACUCUGCAUGGCAAGGCGACUUUAUUAGACAAUACAACACUGCUGACAUCAGUGUUGCUGUUGCCACACCCAAUGGCUUGAUCACUCCUAUCGUUGGUAGUGCUGAAUCCAAGGGAUUGUCCGCCAUCUCUAACCAAGUCAAGGAUAUGGCCAAGCGUGCUCGUGAUGGUAAGCUUGCUCCUCAUGAAUACCAAGGUGGUUCUUUCACUAUCUCCAACUUGGGUAUGUACGGUAUCAAGCACUUUACUGCCAUCAUCAACCCUCCUCAAUCUUGUAUCUUGGCCGUUGGUGGUACCCAACAAAAGAUUGUCGUUGAUGAAGCUUCAGAAAAGGGAUUCGCUGUUCGCGACGUGAUGGAGGUCGCUUUAAGCGCUGACCACCGUGUUGUCGAUGGUGCUGUUGGUGCUACUUGGAUGCAAGCUUUCAAGGAAUACAUGGAGAACCCUCUUAAGAUGAUGUUGUAAAUAACCCUACAUUAUGUCUUUUCUCUCUCUUUCUCUCUCUCU